GUAAAUUUGAAACACAGCCUUAAUACGUCAUUGCGCAUACGUCUCGUACAUACAAAACUUGAACUAUAUUGUUUACAUUUUCACACUUUAAUGUUAAUUAAUAUUCUUUACAGAAUACAGAUUUCAUCUUUUUCCCGUGUUUAAUGUGACUAAAAUAGUAUCGAUAUAGUCGAGAAUAAUGGCGGCUACUGUAACUGAUGUACAACAACCGGAUUAUGGAAUGGAUCGUCAGAUGCAGAGGGUGUCGUUGACACCAGAGGAAAUCGCGGUAUUUCAAUCGUGCAUGAAAAAUUCAAGUAUUGUCAUGCCAGCUGUUGUUGGUGCAGUUAUUGGAUAUGGAAUUUUUGGAGUGACUCCGUUUCGUGCAUAUGCAAAAUACUCUGCUGUAAUUGGUGGUAUGUUAGGCUUCGUAUCUAGCAGAUUUGUUGCCGCCAAGAUGUGCAUAGAUAAGGUGGCGUCUAUGCCAAACAGUACUCUCAAGGAUAGAUUAGCAGAGUUGGGUUAUUAUGGAAGAAAUAGGUUCAUAGGUGAGAGACAGUAUCAAAGUUUUCAACCGCCAAAUGUGCAAUCCGAAGUUCGGGAAUCAUCAUCUGGUCAAAUAGUCUUUGACGAUUAUCCACCGAUGACUUCUUAUGACGCAUACUCUAGUUUUAAUGAUAGUAGUGAUGUUCGCUCCGAAGAGACUGAUCUAACUGAACCAAUAAAUCUACAACAAAAAGGCGUCAGUUACGACGAGCUGAGGCACAAAAAUAGAGAAGAGUUCUAUAAGAAAAACAAGCAAUGGUAUACUCCUAAAGCGCCAGAAAGUUCUCCAGUGGAGACUAAACAGUUUUCCGCGCCCGCCUAUUCGCCACCGAUGCAGGGAAAAACUAACAAAUAUGGCGACGUGUGGGGUUGAAAUUGAGUUGCUUAAAUUAGUGAAAUUUUGUGUGUACAUAAUAUUUAUAUGUGGCACGCCCAUAGAAAUUGGUAUUGCAAAAUAUGUGAAUAGAAUCGAAAAAAAUUUAAAUUUUAUAUAUUUUAAAUAUAGAAACAUAUAUAUAUAUAUAAAUAAAAUAUUAAACAAUUAACGUAUAUAAACAGCCGUUCGUGUUAAAAAAAGUCAGAUUCCGCACGGCGAGUCGAAGACCACAUUCUUACCACCUGUAAAGCGACGCGUUGAAUAAUUCACAAACGUAAUAAUGGAAACACGAAUUGUAACUCGCACAUUGCCGCUCGUAAUUGUACCGCAAUCACGAGCGCGCGAGGAACAAACGGCUAUGAGUCGGCUAAUUGAUAGAUGACGCCAGUCUAUAAAUACGCGUAAACGCAACUCGCUCGCGCGCGUAUGAAAGGCGGCCGUUAACAAAGCAGCGCGGUGCGUAUCGAUACCAUGUAAUACAAAUGUCGCGCUUACUCUUGUAUCCAUCAUUAGGAUAUGGUGUCAUCCCGUGAGGCUUAGUCACCUUGGACACGUACCCAGAAGAGAAAACUUCGCACACUUCCCUGUCAUAAGAGCCGUCGCCGCGCGCGCCCGUUCCCUAUACUUUCCAUAAGUUAAGCGGAUAAUUGCCGUUCGGUAUUUGCCAUACGCACGACUAAUGUUGCGCGACCCAUCCUUCUUCCUUCCCCUAUUACGUGUCGUACCGAUUUUAUUAGUGACGACCGCAGAAGUCACAUAUAUUUUGUCAUCGUUCGCAAUUUGCUUUUACUAGAAUUUUUUUAAUCAAGAAACGCGUGCAGCAACAUAUUCGACUUAAUAAAACAAAAGUCCAAAACC